AUGGCUCGCCUAUCCUACAGAAUUGGCCUUUCACUACAAAGACACGCCCUCCGGCAGAGCUAUGCCUAUGUUCCGCAGCAACAGUCUCGUCUGGUGUCAGUAAACAUUAAAAGGAAAAUACCAAACCACGAGCCAACAACAUCGCAAAUACUCCGUUUUGCAUUGACGGGGACGACAAAGACUCUGACACAAGAUGUGUCGAACCCGGACUUGGACGAACAUCUCAAGGAAAUCUUCCAUGGGGAGUGGCCCCUUAGUGCUGUACCUCCGCCCUUGUGGAGCUCUUUCCACUCCGAGACCGCCCCAGUUGAUAAGGAGGUCUUCUUCAGAGGUCUCAAACACGAUGUUCGGAAUCUCCGCCAUUUACAGACAUUUAUUGAACGACAUGUCAAUGGAGGUAAUGCUUGCGUACUGUUGCAGGCAAAUCACUGCCAGCCUUUUGCACAAGCUCUUGAACGCUGUCAUCGACAACAUCCAGCCGGGGAGAUCCUAGCUGUGCUCAAUGCAAUCAUUUCGAAGCUGGAGAAAAUGCGUGUCCCAGUCUCCAAGGACUUAUAUGUUCUGGGGCUGCACUAUGCUUGCCUCGCUUAUUCCGCAACUGCAAUCGAGCGGCAUGUCCAAGGCUACCUUGCUGUAAGCUACAAGCGGUUGGACCUGGAUUCCAGUAUCUCCCUGGUCGAUGCGCUUAAUGCCUCUCUCCAAUCCUUCGAGCUUAAAGGUAAUUUCCCCAACACUAAAUUAAUGCUCAGUCAAGUGUCUGGAGAGUCCAAUGACGGCUCUACUCCGCGCUUCACCUUGGACAGGGUACUUUACUGGGCCGAGCCUCAUCGCUCCACAACAUUCAUGAAUCGAUAUUUUUCAUUGCUCGUCAAGCUCGGCAGUACAGACUUAAUCCAGAGCAUGUGGAACCGCUUCCUCAGGCGUUUAUCUUCCAAAUCUAAAGAGCACGAAUUUCAUGUCGCUUAUACAUGUGCUUUAGCCCUGAUCAACAAUGGCAAUUCCAGUAUAGCUGCCAGUUAUCUGAGUCAAAUCUCGCAACACGCCAAUGGUACUCUUCCGUAUAUCUCGAACUAUGAAGACCUGAAUGUAUUUCUUCAGGAAAGACAGAUUUGUGAAGUACUUCCUCGGCUUUCUGGAGAGGUAGAAUACAUUCAGGUACUUCAGGUUUCGCUCGAGCGUAUAGAAAGAAGACUUGGCAUAGAGUGGAUGCCUAGAAAAGAACUGCACACUAAAAUAUCGGAUCCUGAUUGCAUUGCAUCAGGGCAGCCUCUGCUGACUAUGGAUGGAGACAGUGCUGGCUAUGGAAGCACCGAACGCUUGAUUGCUGAGAUUCAAGCGCUGGGUCGCUCCAAAUCUCUGGCAGAUUUUGGAAGGAUUGCUCAUGCAUUAGACGAACACGACGAUGGGGAGAUCCCCAUCGUUCUAUCAUCUACUGGAAACACCUCACUAGAGUUCUCCUGGAUACCUCAUCGCUGCCCGAUUGAGUUUAUGGAUUUCUGUCCAGAGAGUACUGAUGGUACCAUCUUAUUGCCACCUUCUACCGUGGGCUUGUUUCGACUGGACCCUCACAAUGCCGGAUUAUCCUCUGCAGAUACACGCCCACUGCACCUGAUGCAACUGGGUUCUCUGGUCAUGCGACCAAAAUCGUCCAGUGGUAACCCUUUGGCAAAUGCGCUUGAGUGGAAGGAAUCAGGAUAUAUUGCAGCCUUGGACCGAACUUCUGGCCAGCUGUUGGCAAUCUUUAUAGGGAAGUCUCAAGGACCCAUCAGCUCGGGUUCCCAGUCACAUAUCCCUCAACCACCACCUGGUCUCAGUGCAGUGAUGGCCAUUGAACCAUGUUGCGAUGGAUACGAGCCCCAGCACUGGAACUUUCCUCCUUCGCCAGGCAUCGAUGUGGGCAGAUGCUAUGUUGACGUAGAUCCAUGCCUGGAUCUGGUGCCAUGA